GAACUCAGUUCUGGAGUAGUCUACCAUUUGGGCGUGAAGUUCCCGAAGCUAGAUAACUGCUGUUCAACUAGAUAACUGCUGUUUGCAUUCAGCAAAUAAGACCACGCAGUUUUAAACGCUCAUUAUCAGGAUCCUGAUGGACAACCUCAAUAUGACCAUCGAUCCGAGCUGUUUACGGGAAGCUCCUUUGGCUGUUGAUGUCAUAAAGCAACUGGAUGUUUUCGGGAUAAUUCUGUACUCCUGCUUGACCCUGAUGGCUGCGGUGUCUCUGCUGGUUUACCUGGAAGAGUGCGUGUACGUCUACAAGAAAGUCCCGUCUCCCAAGAAAACCACCAUCAUAUGGGUGAUCGGUGCUGCCCCGGUCAUUGCCACCAUGUCCUGCCUGGGGCUCUGGAUUCCCAAAGCAAUAAUGUUCACGGAAAUGACCUCGUCUUCGUACUUUGCAAUUGUUGUUUACAAGUUCUUGAUCCUGAUGCUGGAGGAGUGUGGGGGAGACGAGGAGUUUCUGAGACGUUGUGGGAAGGGCCGGUUCCGGAUUAGCACUGGGCCCUGCUGUUGCUGCUGUCCCUGUCUGCCACGUGUUCCGGUCACACGGCGAAUGCUGACCAUAUUAAAGUUUGGAUCACUCCAGUUUGCCCUGCUGAAAACCGUCUUCUGCAUUAUAUGCAUAGUGUUGUGGACCAAUGGGAACUUUGACCUCACUGAUCUGGGUAUAACUGGAACUGCGAUCUGGAUCAACCCGUUUGUGGGCAUUCUCACCAUCAUCGCACUCUGGCCCGUGGCCAUCAUGUUCAUGCAUGUCCGCAACAUCUUGAGAAGCCAGAAGAUCAUUCCCAAGUAUGCCAUGUACCAGCUGGUGCUAGUCCUAAGUCAGCUGCAGACUGCCAUUAUCAACAUCCUGGCACUGAAUGGAUCUAUUGCCUGUGCACCGCCCUUCUCCUCCCAGGUCCGAGGAUCCUUGAUGAGCCAGCAGUUGCUGAUUUUGGAGAUGUUCAUCAUAACACUGGUGAAUCGCCUGCUGUUUCGACGGCACUACGACCCGCUCCCCGCUGCUGACCAGCACGAAAAGGACAACGCUGAGAACGCCACAAUCAUCUUGCACCGUGAGAGUGGGGACAAUAUGGCAUGAGUGUGAAACGGUGUCUGAGAGAGUGUGUGUGUGUGUGUGUGUGUGUGUGUGUGUGUGUGUGUGAGUUUGAGUGUGGGCGGGUUGGGAUCUCAGGCCCGUAUAAGUGGGAACUUGAGAUGCUGCACGUGUGGUGGCACCCCAGACUGGAACAGGCACUAAUGCUUUGGGGCGCACAGACAGUGCAGUGGGGCAAUAACUUCCCCAAUGAAAUAUAUAUAUAUAUAUCAGAUCUAAAUACCUUUGUUUAACUUGUUCAAUGCCAAAAAUGUAUUGUGUUGCCAUUGUCAAAGUAUUCUGUCCAUUAACAGAGGAAACUCUACACUUCUAUACAGUUUUAUACAUUUCAUUUACAAGCACUUGAUGCACCAUUCCUUUGAGGUUUCCAAUUUCUUUUGAUGGCUGCCCGUGCAACUGUAUCACAGAACAGCACAUCGUAAUCUUUGUUGUGAUGACUUCCCACAUCAAUAAAAUGUAUAUCCCUCAAAGUAUAUUACUUUUACAUAAGGUUCUGUAUUAACCUUAGUCCUUAACCUGUCUAGCCUAAUCUCAGGGACUUUUAUGAGAAAUAAAGUGCUUUGGGAUGGUAUCUCUUCUUCGGUUCAAAUCUGGUUGUAAUCUGUGUAUUAGCCUAUUGCAAUUACAGAGUACUACUCGGAUAACAUAUCCCCUCUAAUUCACAGAGGUAGAUCUCUAAAUUCAGUGUUCAAAGUAGUAUAAAUAGUUCACAUACAUAUAAACUUGGCAUGCCUGAAGGAAUCGUCUGGAAGAAGGUACAGCAAUAUUUGUGUUGAUUUCAUUGUUAAAAAGUUGAAUAAUCCCAUACUUUUGUUUAAAAUAUUGUAUCAGAUACUUUCGUUCACCUUAUUAGCCUUAUUCAGUGCUUACCACUACUGCCAGCACCCUGUUGGAUUUCCUUGUCAUUUCCAAAAGUAAACGAACCAGUCCAAAAGUGUGUGUGGAGAAAAGGUUUUAAUUGGUUGUGAUGGAAUUUGACAGCAUUUCUGUGUGCAAAGCUUUAACUUAAAGAACUGCUGCUUUUAUACCAUGGCACAAAUGGAAGCAGACAAUUAUUUAUUGAGAAUUGUAAUAGUAAUAGCUACUGUAGAUUAAAAACUACAGUCUGAUUGUAUAUACCUACAUCGGAUUCACCAUGUAGAAAUCACAGCGCUUUUUGUACAUAUUGCCCCAUUCCAGGGCACCAUAAUGUUGGUUUGCUAUAGAGCCUCCUGGGUGCUGACGGUCGUGUCAAAAUGGUCAUCUUGCACCUGCAUGUUUUCUUA